CGAGAGUAAGCUAGGGUAUAAAUUGACGCGUACGUAUUUGAACUGUAGUAGCCUAUUACUGAGAGAGACGAAGCAAACGAAAGCCUUCACAAACGUUUCUAUUUCCCAAAAACUCACGCUCUGAGGGAAAAGUUGCCUACUUGCCUACGAUGCUUCAAAGCUGGAGACUUCGUCGAUAUGUUGCUCUGAUCACCCUUCUGAGCAUUGGUGAUGCUAAGGAGGAUCCUCUCUUCCACUGUCUGCAUGACCCUGAUUAUGAGGAACUUCUGGCCAUUAUAAAUCAUGGCCUGCCUCCUCCUCAGAGGCCUCUGCAUGUGGCUGUAAUUGGGGCAGGCAUGGCUGGACUGACUGCAGCAAAGGUUUUGGAGGAUGCUGGACAUAAGGUGACAAUCAUUGAGGCUAGUCCUCGAAUAGGUGGCCGAGUGGAGACCUACAGGAAUGAGAGUGAGGGCUGGUACGCUGAAAUGGGAGCCAUGCGGAUCCCAAGUAUGCACAGAAUCCUACUAGCACUUGUUAACAAAUUUGGCCUUCGGCUGAGUCCAUUUAUUGAAGAGAACAUCAACACAUUUUACUAUGUCAAUGGAUUGCUUGAAAGAACCUACAAAGUGCAGCACAACCCAAAUGUGCUACAGUAUCAUGUAUCUGAGAGUGAAUGCGGGAAAUCAGCUGAACAACUUUUCAAUCAAGCAAUUGACAAGAUUAGGGAGGAAGUUAAAAGAGCUGGUUGCAAAAAAACAAUGCAGAAAUACGACUCUUUUUCUGUAAAGGAAUACCUGGUGAAAGAGACUAACCUGAGCAGUGAGGCUCUGCGCAUGAUUGGAGACAUCCUGAAUGAGAACAGCUUUUUCUAUACGUCGAUGGUAGAGGCACUGUAUCUGCAGUCUGAUAUACAGGACAAGAUUGUGUAUAAGGAAUUUGUGGGUGGUUCUGACACCCUCCCCAAUGCAUUUUAUGAGGCUCUCCAUUGCCCAAUUCUUCUAAACUCGAAGGUCAAGCGCAUAACCCAAUCACCAAGAGGUGUCACUGUCUACUAUCAAGACUCACGCCAGCCCUCCUCUCUGUCCCAUGUCACUGCUGAUUAUGCCCUUGUCACUGCAACAGCUAAAGCCACUCUGUUCAUCGAGUUUGAGCCGCGGUUGUCGGACAUUAAGAUGGAGGCGCUGCGCUCCGUACACUACUCCAGCUCCACCAAGGUGGUGCUCAGCUUCGACGACAAAUUCUGGGAACAUGACGGAAUCAGAGGCGGAAGGUCCAUAACAGACCGGCCGGCGCGGUUCAUCUACUACCCGAGCCACGGCUUCUCUGGUAAAGGAGGGGCACUGCUGGCAUCCUACACCUUCUCCGACGAUGCCAGUCUCCUAGACGGGAUCGGGGAUGACGAACUGAUGCGGCUGAUGCUCGACGACCUGGUGAAGAUUCACGGGGAGGGCAUCCGGAGCCACUGGACGGGGGGUGUGGUGAAAAAGUGGGGUCUGGACCCGUACAGCCUGGGGGCCUUUGCCAUCUUCACGCCCUACCAGAAGACGGACUACGCCUCCGCGCUGUUCCAGAGAGAGAAAAGGAUUCACUUUGCAGGCGAGCACACAGCUCUGCCCCACGGGUGGAUAGAGACCUCGAUGAAGUCUGCCCUUAGAGCUGCUAGAAACAUCAACAUGCUGGCUGUUAAAGGAACAUGAUCCUCACACAAAUCUAUACGGCACUGCAGGGUCCUUCAGUGGUGCUAGGUCAGAAGUCUUGCUGGUAUUACCUGUGGUGGUGCAGUUUAGCAAGUUUUGUUCAUUUAUUGAAACUUUAAAGGGAUAAUCCGGAGUGAAAUGCACUUUAGAUCAAUUUUUCGGACUAUUGGGAGUAC